UCCGAAACCUCCGCGACGCGACGUGACGUGACGGCGCAGCCAUGGCGGAAGCAGCAGCGCCACCCGCCGCGACCAGCUGCGAGGUGGACCUCGGCAGCCUCAUGGCCUACGACCCGUCGCACCACCUCGCCGGCGCAUCCUCCUCCAGGGAGGUGCUGAGGGAGGAGUGCCUGCGGAAGGGUACGGAGCUGGCGCAGGCUGUGGCCGACGCCCUCUUCGCGCUGCCGGCCACCGAGGGCCGCGACGGCCCCAUGGUCCGCCUGCCGCCGCCCACCACCCGCCUCCCUCGCGAGAAGCAUCUACCAAAGCCGAAGCCCCCUACUAAAUGGGAGCAGUUUGCGAAGAUGAAAGGGAUUACAAAGCACAAGAAGAACAAACGUGAAUGGGAUGAGCAAACCCAAUCGUGGAAGCGCACUUAUGGCUAUCACCGUGUUAAUGAUGACAAAGAUAUUCCGAUAAUUGAAGCCAAGGCAACAGAUGAACCUGGUGUUGAUCCCUUUGCUCAGAGAAGGGAAGAGAAGAAGAAGCUUGUUGAAAAGCAAGAAAAGAACAGGCUAGAGAACUUGAAAAAAGCAGCCAAAGCUGGUGCUUUACCUAGUCAUAUACAACUUGCUGCAACAGCGUUGCCCAUCACAGGAACUAAAGCAGACAUACCAAAAAAAUCUAGAAAGAAAGAUCUUGAGGAUGUUGCUGGCAUGGCUUCAUCUGCAACAGCUAGUGGUGGGAAGUUCGAUGAGAAACUGCCCGGCGAGAAGCCUCCAAAAAACCCUGGCAAACAUAGAAAGUUCCUCCCUGUUGCUGAAGGAAAAGGAAUGGGCAACCAGGAGAAACAGCAGAACGACAAAAUCCUGAAUGCUCUGCUGGCCAAAAGUUCUGAGGAUCAAAUGGAUGUUGGCAGGGCAAUUACGAUGUACAAGGUGAAGAAGGAAAAACAAAGGAAGAAAGAUAAGGAGAAGUCUUCUUCAGCAAAUAAGUUGAAGCCCCAGAAGAAACCACUCAAGAAAUCUUCGAAGAAAAAGGCUUAGGUGAAUUUUGUUUUUGACUUGCUGUAGGAGGUGAGCAUAGUUUUCGAGACUCAAGGAGAGUCGGCAAUUUUUGCUUGUUUCUGUCCAAUUUGAAUGCAUCGGAGAAAUGUUGUUGCAAUUGUUAGUUAUGAUGCAAGAACCUUAAUGCUACUAUAACAUAGUUGUCCAGAACAUGCAAUAUAUAUGCAUUAUAAUUUCAAAA